AUGAGGUGGGCAGACUACCCAUUGUUACCCACGGAAGAGUGGCUGCAGCAGGCUGCUGCUAUUGCUGCUGCUGCUGCUAAUGACGAAAACAAAGACCCAAAGGAUACCCUCAUACACCCCAAUACUCCAACAGGGCAAACAGUCCCCGGGGGCCCCCUUGAGGGCCCCCUCGGUGUCCCUGUUGGGAGGCCCCUUGAGGGGCCCUUGGAAGAAUCCACUGGGGGUCUCCUUGGAGGGUCCUUGGGGGAACCUCUUGGGGGGCCCCUGGGGGAGCCCCUUGAGGGGCUUUCCAAGGGCCCCCUAGGGGGCCCUCUUGAUGAGUCAUUGGGGGGCCCCUUAGGAGGGUGUACACCUUUAGAGACAUCCGUCAAUCUGUUUAAUUUGGGGGCCCCUUUAAAUGGGGUGUAUGGUGGGCCCCUUGAAGUAGGAGAGGGGGGGGGCCCCUUCUUGGACUCCUCUAUAGGAGACGCCUUGAUGGGGCCCCUAGAAGGAGACGGUAUUUUAGAGUCUUCUUUUGUCCCCUUUGCUGCCCCCGAAGAAGAUUGGAUAGAGGCACCACUAGGGGGGCCCCUAAUUACUCCCUUGGGGGCCCCCCUAGAGACAACCCUGGGGGAGCCUUUGGAGAUGACGUUGGAGGCACCCACAGAGACAAGCCUGGGGGCCCCAACAGAGACGACUUUGGUGUCCACCACAGAGACGACCGUAGGGGCCCCGCUUAAAACGACCGCGGGGGCCCCCUUAGAGACUUUCCUAGGGCCCCCCUCAGAGACGACCUUGGAGGCCCCCACAGAGACGACUAUGGGGGGAGCCUUAGACAGAACCCUGGGGGCCCCAUUAGAGACGACUGUAGGGGUCCCAAUAGAGACGGCCCUGGGGGCCCCCAUAGAGACGAUUCAGGGGUUCCCUAUAGAGACAACCGUUGUGGGCCCCCUAGACUCGGUCCUGGGGCCCUCCCUAGACCCGACCCUGGGGCCCCCCCUAGAAUUGACCCUGGGAGUCCCCCCCAUGGGGUUCCCUCUAGGAGACAGUUUCUUAGACACAACCUCUGGGGGCCCCUCUGGGGUCCCUCUGAUGCCCUUGGCAUGCAGCGAUAUGGGGCUGUCUGUUGAAGACUCCAUUGGGCCCCUGGGGUCUGUCUGUGGGGGCCCCCAGGGGCCCUUGCUACCCCCGUUAGGAGCCCCUGUGGGGCCCCAUAUACAGGAGACAGCUGCGACGUUUGUCCCCUCAUACACAGGGGUCGCCCCUAAAGAUGCUCUAGGGGCCCCCCAAGAGAGGGAUGAGGUUGCUGCAGGAGCAGCAGCUGCCAAGGAGACAACUGCUGCUGUAGGGUCUCCUAGGGGCCCUUAUGUAAAGCGGGCCCCCCUACGGAAGACUUAUGAGGAGGCCCCCAAGGGUCCCACCAAACAGCAGCAGCUGCAGCAGCUGCAGCAGCUGCAGCAGCAGCAGCGCCCUAAGGGGACCCUCCCCUCUGCGGCAGCAGUGGAGGCCCCCUUAAAGGAAGCAAAGAUUCAAAAGGAGACACUUAGGGCAGGAGACACAAUAAAGGAGACAAUUCAUGAGGAGACAAUUCAUCCUGCAUGCAGAUAUAUAGAACCUCUCCCCUUAUCUUUCCUACAAAGACUAGGUCUUGCUGCUGAGGAGACAGCUGCUUAUAAUGCAGCAAUAAAAGGGGAGGCCCUUGGGUACCCUAGGGGCCCCCCUACCCUUGACAUCAUACGCUUCCCUCCCCAACAUGCACCCUAUUGGACUGCAGCAGAAGUUGCUGCUGCAGCAUCAGGAGCAGCAGCACAAGCAGCAGCAGCUAGGGGGGGUACUCCAGCAACAGGGUUCUCCCCUGAUAUGGGGGCCCCCAGGGGGCCCCCACAAGGACAAAUCUUCACUGUUUUAGUUCAACAGCUGCUGCUUGCAUGCGACAACUUUUUUGCGUAUGUUCUAAAUACCAAGGGGCCCCCCCGCCAGGGGCCCCCCAGCCAGGGUGCCCCCAGUAAGGGGACAGCAGCAGCAGCAGCAACAGUAGCAGCAGGUGGAGAACGAGACGAUAGUGGGGCCCCGCGCCCGUCCGAAGGGUCUCCAAUGGAAGGAGACCCUUGGUGGUCUCUCCUUUUGGGGGGCCCCCAAGAAGGAGACAGUUGUGGGGUCUCCGUGCUGCUUGCUGCAGUAGCAAGGGAGUUAAGGGCCCAACAUGUGUUGCAUGCAAAUACCCUGUGCAUGCAGCGUGUCUCUUCCUUGCUGCCUCUGCAGCACAGAGAAGCAGCAGCAACACGAUGGAGGCGCAUGCACUCAUUGCUGCUGUAUAUACAGCAGCAAUGGGGCUUCUGGUGUCUCUGUGCUGCAGCAGAUAACUUAAGGAGGAACCUCAAUAAACUUGCCUUGUCCUUAGGGGGGCCCCACAUCUACAACACUACAGGGGCCCCCUCCUCUGUCCCCUCCACCAGUCCCUUAGACUGGGACACCUUCCUGCACCCUCCUCCCCAGCAGCAGCAGCAGGCGGAGUCGCAGCUGCAGGAAAAGCAGCAAGAGGGGUGCCGGGGUACCCCGCUUGCUGCCGGGGCCCCCAGCAGCAGCUCUAGAGGCCUCCCUAACGGCAUAAGAGGGGACGGUGAUGGGGGUCCCCCUCCCCAGCUUUUAGAAGGUAUGGGGGCCCCCAGUGAAGCAGCUCAGGAGGGGCCCCCUUCCUUAUAUGCCUCCUCGUCUACCGUUACUGCAGCAGCAGCAGCAGCUGAAGAUCCUCCUUGGUUGUUGUGGCCAUUUUCUGACUUACUUAGAGGGGAGCCUGCUGCUGCAGAUAAGGAUGGAAGCCCCACCCUGAAUUGGGGAGCCCCACUGAGUUGGGGGGCCCCACUGAGUUGGGGGGCCCCUUUAGGCAGCAGCAGACCCACUAUCGCUUUGCUGCAGCAGCGACUUGAGUUAGGGGUAAGCUUUUUCUUUAUAGAGAUGCUUGGGGCCCUCCUUAGGCAGCAGACCCUUAAGCAUUAUAGGGCCUACUGCAGCAAGGGACUAAGCAGCAUUGAUUGCUUCCUUCAUUUCGAAGAGCAGCAGCAACACCAGCAGCAGCAGCAGCAGCAAAUGCAACAGCAGCAGCAGCAGCAGCAACAGUUGGAGGAUAAUAUUGUUGCUCGUUGCCGUCUUAUAGCAAGGGAGACACUAAAGGGUCUCUUUAGUCCUCGUCUACUAGAGAUAGACAGAAUUGUCUCCUUACUGCAGCACAAAGCAAAAGGAGACACUUACAGACUGCAGCAGCAGCAGCAGCAGCAGCAUGGAUGGGGGCCCCCUCAGUGGGGGGCCCUCUUUCAUGCCAAGGAGGCCCUCAUUAUCUGCAGCAACCCUACAGCAGCAUGGUGUCUCCUUCGUUUCUUAGAGGCAAGGGGAAUGGGGGAAGCUGUCUCCAAUGCUGGCUGCUGGGAGUUCCCUGCUGCUGCUGCUCCUGGUGCUGCUGCUGCGGAGGAGGGACUCAAGGCAAUGCCAGGGGAGGGCAGCAACCGUAUCCAAAAGGGCCCAUUCGCAGAAGGAGACAUGGAGCAAGCAUUCGUCUGCACCAGCAGCAGCGACGUCUCCACAGGAGGAGACGGACCCUGCAGCAGCAACAGCAGCAACAGCAGCAACAGCAGCAACAGCAGCACCAGCCAAGCUGGUUUUAGGCUUACAGUUGCUGCCAGUACCAAUGCGGCGCUGCAGGGGCUCCGAUCCCAAGGGUACGGGAUUGUGGUGAUGGCGGAGACACCCGAGAGGGAGAACCAGCUGCUGCAGGCUGCUGCCUGUUGCAGCAGCAGCAGCAGCAACAGCAGCAGCAGCAGCAGCAGCAAGGAGAAGACAAGAGAAUUAUUAGAUAUUCCUCCCCCUUUGCUGCUGCUGCUUGCUGCUGACGUUGUGCCUCAUAUUGCUUCUUCGCGUGUAUCUGCAGGGUGCAAUCUCCGCCGCCUUCUAGGGGCCCCCUGGGGGCCCCACAUGGGGCUCCUUGUGGGUCCCCCUAUGCGGGCCCCUUGGGGGCCCCCUCCAGGGAAGCGUUUUGAGUUGUUCCCGUUGCUGCAGCGGAUCCGUCAGCUGCGUGGUAGUACUGCAGCAGGUGGUGUAUCUGCUGCUGCAGUGCAGCAGCAGGAGUUGCUGCUGCGGCUGCGUCGUCCCUCUAUUAUAAAUAAAAAAGGAGACAGUCUCUCUUAUGGGUAUGAGGUAAAGGAGACAGGGGCCUUUGUCCCUUCCCCAUUAGCAUGGGGACUGCUGCAGCAAAUAAUAAAAAGAAGCAGCAAUGAACCUUUAUGUGCUGCAUAUAUUAAGGAUAGGCAACAUAAAAAGGAGACACUUUCCCAUAAGGGGGCCCCUCAUACCACCGGAUAUCUUGAGGGGGCCCCCAACCUGAAGGGUGCCCUCCAGGGGGCCCCCAAGGUUAUAGAAGGGCCCCUACAGGUGAAGGAAGGGGGCCCCAAUGGGGAGGGCUUCCUUUUGCUAGAGGUGCCGCCGCUGCAGGGGUGUCGAGACACCCCAGCAGCAGCGCAGCAAAUAUUUGUUGCAGCAGCAGCAGUAGCAAGAAAAGAGACACAUUUAGCUAAGCAGCAAUUAGCAUUAGCAGCAAUAAAGAGAUUGCAUACUCUUGGUGUCCUUAAUGAUAAUCUGCUGCUGCAGCAAGUACCCUCCUUGCAGCCACCAAGGGGCCCCAGGGGGCCCCUCCAUCAUGAAGGGGACAGCUGCUGUGCUGCAGAAAGGAGACAGAUAAGGAGGCAGGUACCCAACUGUCUCCGUAUACCAGCAGAACUGCAGCAAAUGCUGUUACAGCCCCACAAGGAGGACAAUUCAUUUAAGCUGUACAUACACCGCGUGUGGUGUACACCCGUCACCUGGCAGCAGAUGCAGCAGGAGCAGGAAGAGGAGGAGCAGCAGGUGCAGCAGGUGCAGCAGCAGCAGCAGCAGCAGCACGAGGAAGCAGAAGGGCAGCAACAAGAAGAUGUGUCUCUCCCUGAGAGUCCCCUCUAUGAUAGCGGAGGACUACUUGGCUAUUGGGCACCAUUUAGCAGCAAAAGGAGAAGGCUAGCAGCAGCAGCAGCAGCAGCAGAAGCAGCAGCAGGAGACGCAGCAGCAGAAGCAGCAACAGAGGCAGCAGCAGCAGCAGAAGCAGCAGCAGCAAAAUCCCUUGCUGUUGAACUUCUAUCGAAGUUGUUCCCUAAGAAAUCUGUCUCCUCUGUGCUGCAGACAUUUACUUAUGAUAUUCUUCUUCGUGCUGCAAGUGUCUCCAAUUUUAAUCCACAAAAGGAGACACCUAAUGGGCAAAGUGUCUCCUUUUGGCAAUCCUUACUAAAGGAGAUAGGUGUACCCUCCUUAAACAAUAACAAAGAAGGGACAGGGGCCCCCGGGGCCCCCAAAGGCCCCCCUGUACCCUCAAAUACAGACACACCAACGGCUGCUGCUGCUCCCGAACAACAGCAGCAAGGAGACACGCAGCAGCAGGAGCAGCAGGAGCAGCAAGAGCAGCAGGUGCAACUAGAGCAGCAACAGCAGCAGCAGCAGGAGCAGCGGAAGCAGCAUGAACAUCCUGAUGAUCAGCAGCAUCAGCAUCACCAUCAACAGCAGCAACAGCAGAAACAGCAGCAGCAACAGCAGCAACAGCAGCAGAAAAAGGAAGGAGACAAUAAUAUAGAUUCCUUACCUUUAUUAAUAUUAGCACCAUUAGGUUAUGAUGCUGCUGGUGUUGUUGUUGUUGCUGUCUCUGCUGUUGUUGUUAUUGUUAUUGGUGCUGCUGAUGAUGAUGAGGGAGAGAGGGAGAGGGAGGAGGAGAAGGAGACAGAGACAGAGACAGCUGCAGCAGCAGCAAGACGUAGCAGCAACAGAAAAGGAGACAGUUGCUGCUGCAGCAAAUAG